GCCUGCCGCGGUCUCCGAGCUCUCCCGCCUAUAAGGCCGCUCCCGCCCAGGAGCAGGGGCGCGCGGUGGGCGCGGGCCCCACUUGGUGUCGCGCGCCUGUCGCGCGGGCUGCUCGAGGCCGGUUCUGGCUGCGCCGCCACUGCACCGCGCGCAGCAGAGGAGGAAGGCGCUGCUGCCUGGCGAGCGUUCAGCAGACCCUGUCUGGGGCUAAGGAGGUCUGGAGGGCUAAGAGCGAGCCCGAGGUCCAGUCCACCGGAGGUGUCCGGCAGCGCUGCGGAGCGGCAGGUGCCGGGUGGCGGAGGUUGCGGCUCCGCAGUGCCACCCCCUCGCCCACCUGCGCUGUGCUCCAGCCCUGCACCUUGCAGAACAAGAAGCAGCUUGCUGGCUUUGAACGUGUGACAAAUAUUUCAGAAAGCUUCAAGAUCAAGUUUGAGGAAAGGACAGUUUUUCUUCCAAAUUCAUCUGCUUCAACUAUUAUUCAUACUGGGAAUGGACAAUGGAAUGUUCUCUAGAUUUAUCAUGACCAAAACCCUCCUUGUCUUCUGUGUUUCCAUGACCUUAUCCAGUCACUUUGGCUUCUCACAAAUGCCAACUGGUUCUGUACGAGACGAGACCAAUGACAACAUCACAAUAUUCACCAGGAUCUUGGACGGGCUUUUGGAUGGCUAUGACAACAGACUGCGGCCUGGGCUUGGAGAGCGAAUCACGCAGGUGCGAACAGACAUCUACGUUACCAGCUUUGGCCCAGUGUCUGAUACAGAAAUGGAAUAUACCAUAGAUGUGUUUUUCCGACAAAGCUGGAAAGAUGAAAGGCUGCGGUUUAAGGGGCCCAUGCAACGCCUGCCUCUCAACAAUCUUCUUGCCAGCAAGAUCUGGACCCCAGACACAUUCUUCCACAAUGGGAAGAAGUCCAUCGCACACAACAUGACCACGCCCAACAAGCUGCUAAGGCUGGAGGAUGAUGGCACACUUCUCUACACCAUGCGCCUGACUAUCUCUGCUGAGUGUCCAAUGCAGCUUGAGGACUUCCCUAUGGAUGCCCAUGCUUGUCCCCUGAAAUUUGGCAGUUAUGCUUACCCUAAUUCUGAAGUUGUUUAUGUUUGGACCAAUGGUUCCACCAAGUCUGUGGUUGUGGCAGAAGAUGGCUCCAGACUCAACCAAUACCACCUUAUGGGGCAGACAGUAGGCACUGAGAACAUCAGCACCAGCACAGGUGAAUACACAAUCAUGACUGCACAUUUCCACCUGAAGAGGAAGAUUGGGUACUUUGUUAUCCAGACCUACCUUCCCUGCAUCAUGACAGUCAUCUUAUCCCAGGUGUCCUUUUGGCUAAAUCGAGAAUCUGUCCCAGCUAGGACAGUUUUUGGAGUGACCACAGUACUGACCAUGACCACACUCAGCAUCAGUGCCCGGAACUCGCUGCCCAAAGUGGCAUAUGCCACAGCCAUGGACUGGUUCAUCGCUGUCUGCUACGCCUUUGUCUUCUCUGCUCUGAUUGAAUUUGCCACAGUCAACUACUUCACAAAGAGAGGAUGGGCCUGGGAUGGCAAGAAGGCCCUGGAAGCAGCCAAAAUCAAGAAAAAAGAACGUGAACUCAAACUAAAUAAGUCAACAAAUGCUUUUACAACUGGGAAGUUGACUCAUCCUCCAAACAUCCCAAAGGAACAGCUGCCAGCAGGGACUGGGAAUGCAUCUUCAGCCUCAGUGAAACCUUCUGAAGAGAAGACUUCUGAGAGUAAAAAGACAUAUAACAGCAUCAGCAAGAUUGACAAAAUGUCCCGGAUUGUGUUCCCUAUCUUGUUUGGCACUUUCAACUUAGUUUACUGGGCAACAUAUUUGAAUAGAGAGCCCGUAAUAAAAGGGGCCACCUCUCCAAAGUAAGCUAGGGAAAACCCAAGCUUCCAGGAAAAUACACUCCCAGAGAAAUGGAACCAAGGAGAGCCCAAGCUCACAGAGACUGGCUGGGCACGGUCUUUCAGGAAAUUUUGCAUGUUUAAUAAUAUGUACAAAUAAUAUUGCCUUGAUGUUUCUACGUGUAACUUCAGAUGUUUCAAAGAUGUCCCCUUAACAAAUAAAGCAAACAACCUUCUAGAAAAAUGGCAGGCAAUGACUGACACUAAGAUGCUCAGUACCCUAACAUCAAUAGUUUACAAACAAGAUAAGUAUAUUUUUAACUGUUCCAAGUCUAUGAUGUUUUUCUACUUCGAAUGCCAUUUCAUACCGUUUUUCCCAGCUGACAAAACAUUUUCAGGAAUCCCAGUCAUGACAACUUAACAGCUGCAGAGAUGAUGGGGUGCACACUGUCCAUGAAGAGCAAACUGUGGACAUUUAAGUCCAGUACUAAUUGCCUUUAACACUUCCUCUUCUGAAAUUAGUAAAACACUGCAUGAACUGACAUUAAGAAAUAGAAUAAGCAAACAUUUAUGCAGACAAAUUUAAUGAGAAGCACAUAGUGUGUUAGAUUAGCAGAUCAAAUAUUUCCCCCAGGAGAAUAAAUGAACUUAUUCCAAGUUAACCUUGAUUUUGUGGAAAAUAAAUUUAUUUCUACAACCUUAAUAAUGACUAAGAAAGAAAAGAAACUUAAAACCUUAAAGCCACAAGGUCAUGGUCGUUCUUGGCCUCAGCAGUUUGUGUCCACUGUCUCUGGAACGCCGGCUCCCCCUGUUGCCGCUUCAGUGCUGAGAAAUGUAAUUGAGUUAUUUUCUGUUCUAAUUCCUUGUACAUAUUUCAUGAUUGGAUUAUUGCUCUGUUAGCUUUUGUAUAUGAAUCUUAAAUGUUCAUUAAAAAAUUUUAAAAACAUUAA